UAUGUCCGUCGGGAGAGAGGUGAGAACCGGGAACUAAUUCCUUCAAUUCCCCCGGCGUAGAAACUCGACCGUUUCCCCGCCUUUCUUUCACCGCUUAACCGCUUGCACCUAUAUCAAAUGAGAGCGUACGCGAGGCGAGUCCGUCUUUAGCCUUCCCAUCCCCUUAUGUUAUCUAUACUUUUUGGUUAGACCGCUUCAUAGUAUUCUAGUUUGUUUGACCGCGUAUUUCGUUUGAAAGCUUCCCCGUAAUUAGUCUUUCCGGCUUGGAACAAUGUAUGAAUGACAGCAACUAGCUCUGCUCUCAGUAAGAAGGGAGACGGCGCCUUUCCAAGCCCUUUCUAGUCUGCGCUUGAGUUUGAUUGCAGCUAGCGCCGCGCUUUACUAAGAAGAUAGAAAUUUCUCGCUUCUUUUGUUUGUUUGAGACCAUAUUAAUUAAGGCUUUCUUCAAUCGGCAAGGGAUGGAUCGGAAGUCUGAUAAGGCUUUAAGAGAUAGGGACUGCCGCGGUAAGAAAGAGUCACUCAGUGAAUCAGUGGAUCACACACUUGUUGGAGACAGGGGCAGGCCUUACUAUUGAAAUGAAAAAGUAUACAAGUGUUGAAAGGGUGAAGUAUGGGGACAACGGUAACGUGAGGAAUGGGAUCCCCAAAGCGACCCGCCCUACUAAAAAAGUUCGCAACCAAGGGACAUGCCGAACACCUACCUUUCCAACUAAGUCCAACGUUCAUUGACGAUGCGUUCCGUCGUCAGCAAGCGGUGGCCGACAAGGCCCUUUUCCCUAAAUAUCUUGGGAAGCGAAGCGCAGGCUUUCUGAUUCAGAGAGAAAGAUAGAAAUCGAAAGGCAAAGAGAUAGGCAAGCCAAACCAAAUAAGGAAUGUUUCAAUCUUUACCUCUUUUUGUAAGCCGGCAAUCAUAGGGUAAGCCCAUCUCAUGGAGAAAGUUUACAUGUUGGGCCAGGCUAGUUUGCUUCGAUGGUAGGAGUCCACGCAGUGAGGCAGCCAUUUCCAGAGUGAGCGCCAUUGAAGGACUGGAAGCAAGCUUCACACCUUCCACAACGGCAUGGUGGUUAUUCAUGGCCUUCAAGCUUUCAUCGCUCCGUUUUCUUGCGACGUGGAGAGGAUGACCUCGCUCUCGUUCCCGUUCCAUCCAGAUCAUCGUUCUGGUCAACAUAUUAAUACUUCCGGCUCGGUGCAGCCUGCUAUCAUGCGCCUGAUGCUCAGAGAUGCCAUGCUCCGUAACAAUGGCUUCAGCAUCCUAGCCCUCCCUAGAAAGGUGAAGUACGCCGAGCUUGUGACUCUUAACAAUAUGACGGUCUUCGCCGUUGACGACCUUUCGAUCUUCUCCGGUUCUCACUCUUAUAUCAGCAACGUCAGGUUCCACAUUGUGCCAAACCAAACCAUUUCUUGUGGAUCGCGGAUCUGGAGAAGCUUCCGGCGGGGACUGUUCUGCCGACAUUGGAACGAGGCCAACCGCUGCUUAUCACAACCUCCGGUGCCGAUGAGGAUUAAGGUGCCGGACGUCAUCCGCAACGUCAAGAUCGUGGUGCACAGUGUGUACUUGCCAUUUCCACAUAUAUUAAUCCUGUGGCUGCGGCUUACGACAGUAUCCUAGGAGGAUCAGAAGUCUCAGGAGGAGAUCAGACGAUGGAAGGAACGUGUGCUGCUCCGGGUGGGCAUGGAGGUUGUGGUGAGUCCCCGAUGCCUCAGGUCAAGCCAAUGGUGGAGAUCGAGGAUCACCAUGGCCUGUAAUUAAUCCUGAUUGUAUUCUCCUUCAGAUGACCAAAAAACCAACCAAUACACAUUAAAUUACUUAGGUAAUUACCAAGAAGGCUGACUCUUUCUCUUUCAUUGAAUCCUCCCAAUCGUUUAGAAAUUCAAUGAAUACCAGGCCCAAAAGAACGGACUCAAAGCGCCCUACCUUACUUAUGGGUCCACAUUCUCAAUGAAUGCCGAAACGACUGCCCUAACAUCUAUUUCGUCAAGGUUAUAGUCUAACUACUUUAGCAUAAGCGCGGCCUUCCUUAUCAUUUGCCUCUCAAAUGAGACCAAAUGAUUACACAUUUUUUUUCCUCUAUGUUCAGAUUUUCCACUAAAGGAAUAUAUGGGAAAAAAGCCCCAUCCGAAGAAGGGGAACUGGCUGCUUCGUUUAGGUCUGGCAGAAGAAGGAGUUGGUAUGGUGAUGGUGACAAUAACCUUUUCUCAUAAGAAGUGGAAUUGCUUGAUCUUAAAGGGGACCCUUGAUGUGACUAAGGCAGCUUUACUGUAGGUGUGAAAAUGGAGGGGAAUUCUAUUGGGCUGAAGGCAGGUGACUUUGGGUUAGUGUUCAGUGACAAUGGUAGCUAACAUUACAUGAGAUGCGGUUGGAAGCGAGGCAGCAGUCUUUCUAUGUUUUCCACUCUAACGAAGCUUCUCUGGGUGAGCUUAGAUGACCCGAAGCAAUGACCAACUCAAUUCUCUCCGCCCUUUGCGGAGGAGUUUCUUUUUCUUAAACAGUCCCGUCUCGAACCGGAGGCACCCACUAGUAGUAGGGGGAGCCCAUAAUUGACCCGGGUAGGCGAGCUUCACAGCUAGGGGCUAUAGUUACCAGUUUCUAGUUACUUAGCGGGUAUUCCCCAGCACGGCUUAUGCGGAUCUCUCUCUCUACUACCAGGGAACGGGUUAGAAUCCCCAUCGCUGGAGAAGGAAGAAGUGUGAAAGCAAUCAAGCCAAAGCAAUACUUAUUCCUUCAACGGUAAGAGCUGCAGAUGAAAUAGCAGUGGUUAUGCCGACAUCUACUCAAAGAAGAAUAGUAUUAGAGUCAAGACCGGUGCUAUCCCCUUCCCCUGCUACGCUUCCUUACUCAACAAUCAAAGAAGCAUUUUCGAUUCCCCGAUCCACUCUCGUGCUAACAUGCUAACAGCGGUUUAGGUAAGCCAGGGGCUAAGCGGGAAUGCCCUAUCUAAGAGCCUACUUCCUUCUGAUCUCUCUGCUCUUGGGGAUUCAUCUCUACCUUUUUCAUAAAAUGUAGUGGCCAAACCAGAUAGUCCAUUUCCUCUCUUUUCUCGCUCCUCAAGAAAGACGGCUAGAAACUUCCUAUUAGGAAUGGCUUCCUCACUUGUUUGAUUUGAAAUGGCACGAUGCUUAACACAUGUAAUUGGAGUAUGUUUCGGGGCUUACAGAAGCUCGUGCAAAGAAGAUUUAUAGGAGAGAAAAGGCGAUCCCUUCUCAAUACCUUACCGGGGGAUUUCCCCUUGAAGUGGAAGAGGAUUCAUGCCUCGAAUGCGCUCUUUUCAUAGUAGAAGAUAUCCACGCACAGAGACUAGGCUACACAUGAAAAGGAAAGGGCUUACCACGAGAAGAGAGAAGCUACUCCAACUGGAAAUGAAUAGACUGGAACUGGAUCGCUUGUUGUAGAAGGAAUGUCACUGGCUAGAAAGGAUAAGGAAGAAACCGCCAUCGAAUACCUAUAACCACUCCGCUUUUAAGCCCCCUUUUUUCACUGACAGGAACCGCAUUCGAUCGUAUGGACGUCUGAACCCUACCUAACCUAUCCCUCAGAAAUAGCAGCAUUCCGUUGCAGAGUUUGCCGGGUGUGAAGAAAGACAUUGAAUCGAAAGCGGACAUGCGGCUCACUGGCUAGAUCGGACUGUCUGUACCUUUGCUAACUCUGCCGGAAGCUUGAAAGAGGGAAUUCAAAUCUAUAGCUCCUGUAAUCCCAGGAGCUAAGGUUUCCCAAAGUGCCUUCACCCGCAGAAAAGAGGUUCCACUAAAUUACAUUAAGAAUUCCCCAUCUCGAGAUGUCUAAGUAAACAGGCUUCCCUAAGCUAGAAGCAAGAAUCAUUCCAUCAGAAAGAAGACCUUCUUAUUCAAAUCAAAGGCUUAAAGCCAGGGUCAAUAGUAAGAACCUAUUCUCCUAACAUGAGGUUAGUAUUCAUCUGAAUAUUUUCAUAAUAGACCUACCUUGGAAGACAGCUUGAUGAGAGCCGUGUGGGAAUCUAGCCCAAGAAAGAGUCCUUCUUGUCGGACUCAUAUAGCCUUGACUGAUUGAAGACUUUAUCAAACCUUUUUUUUUUGGAGGAUGGUCAAGAGACUUGGGAAGUCACCUUCUUCUUUCUCAUAUUCUAUUACUAUGCUAGGCCCUUCCAAUAGCAUAAAAAAGGUAAGCCCUUGGAGUGUAAGUGUCAAUUCCCAACCAUCUAGUUCUAAUGGAAGUUGUAGUUGCAAAGCCAGUUUAAGAAAGUUCAUUUUCAAGCGGUACGUGUGACUGCAAGAAAAUGUUUCCCUACAGUAGCAUUGACCCUUACCUUUUUCGGGCUUCCAUGUGAGCCAGUUUUCAAGACUUUAUACAGCAGUGGUAAGGUACAAAAAUGUCAUUUCUUCCGGAUCUACGACUUAAUAGAAAGAUAGGACCAAAGUCAAGUGAUUCAACUCAAGCACGAACCGCUACCUCUUCUUCUCCGACUUAAAAGAAAGGAGAGGGAAUGAGAACGAAAGGGAUAAAGAUCGAAAGGAAGGUAAGCUACGAAUGAGAGACAAUAGGAAAGCUCACCGGAAUAAGGAUGGCAAGAUAGGGCAUGAUAGAAAGCCAAGAAGAAGAGGGACUACUUUGAUAGCCUAGCUUGAUGUAAGAUAUGGAUCUAAACCUUCGAAAAAGGUAGGAAUGAGAUAGUUGGGUUUUCGUGGCACUCUUUCUCUUACUCGAGAGCAGACUUCUGCCAUGGGACUUUAGGAUUUUUUCAUUCCUGAAAGAAAAGGGACGCAAGCUAUGUCAGUUGACCAAUGGAAUGCUACUGAAGGGAUGAUGAAAAGUGGUUCUGAGUCCUCGAGGGCAAGUGAGACUGGGAUGACAUACAAGCAGGUAUUGCAGAGUCCUCCUGGAAUGACUAGACUGGUUGAAAACCUUCAGGCAUAGGAUGUGUGAGAGCUGUUCGAAUCUCCUCCAUGCAGAAUUAUUUGAUUCUGGAGCCAUCCAGUUGGGUUCUGCCAUAAAGGAUGCUGCUCAGAGGUUGGUCCCCAAGCAGCCAGUUCUGUCACUUGGGGGGCAGCAUAGGAGAACUUUUUUGCAGCUUCGGAACUUCAAGAGCGGAAGACCUACACCAAAUCCGCUGGCAAUGUUUGGGAAGAUGCCUAACUUUCCAGAGAAACCUAGGAUGGUUAAGGUCCCCAUUCCACCUGCUGAUCAAUGGCUGUCUGCUGUCCAUAAAUCCAAGUCUGAGUUCUGGUCAGUUUGGGUGACUGUGCCCCAAUAGAUGGGGGUCUUGAAUGAGUCCGCUAGCUAGCUUCCUAGAAAGAAGCACGAGCGUCACGCUUUGAAGCCCCGCUAUCGGGAGGAAGAAGACUCUUGUACUUACAGACAAGAAGCGUGGGCCUCUUCGAUAGAAGCACUAGAGCGGUGUGAUUCAAUUCUACUCGUUCUAGAUAUACAUGAAGUAUAGAAUCGAGGUCGCUGGGAUCAAUGAAGAAUUUUGGAUCUUCUGUAACAUGAAAACAUUUCAUUAACUAGAACAUGUCAUGAACAUUUGUUUAGUCUAGAACAUUUUUUGAAGUAUGAUAUUCAAAUGAGGCGGAAAUAAGAGAACGGAUCUCCUGUUGUUUGUACCAUUGAAUUGAGUAGUUGAAUAAAUGUAGCUAACGAACGAUGGAAGAAUCGAAGAUGUGCCGCUCCUGUUAUUUUGCAUUUGCAUUCUGUUGUUUGAGACCUUGUUCUUUGAAAAGAUCGAACGAAUGCAGCUAUGUUCGACUGAUUUUGAUUGAUUUGAAUCCGGGUAAAAUGCGCUUUCAUUGUUUUCGCACUAGGCGAGAUGAAUGAAAACAAGGCCAAUUCAAUAGCUGCAAAGCACGUAACUACUUUACCUAAAGCAGUGGGCUUCGAACUGGCAAUUCAAUCUUUCUUCCCAUCGCCAUGGAGCUUAGUCCCGUCUUCGACUCUAUCCAGUCGACUUUUUUUCGAACCAGUACGGGGAAAAACCUUCAUUAUCAUGAAAGGUACGGGAACACAUAAGCAAGAACGGCGGGAAAGCGAUUAAGGCAAGGGGAAAAAAUUCCGUGGUUCGGGGAAGUGACCCUAGUAGUGUGUAGGUAAGGGAAUAAUAAAGCUUACCUGGAAAAAAGGCAAGGGUGUACAAAGCCAUAGUUCGGGGUUCUCGCCAUCGACUCGGUUGCUUUCCUUCUCAAUACCGGGGCAAGGGCUCCUUCUUUAGCUAUUAGCGCCCGUGGAGAUUGUUUGGUUUGGCCUUUACCGGGGCCUCCACUAGAGUAUACUAUAUAGAUAGGCUAAAGCCCCUCUUUCACAGUCGUUUCACCCCGGAGAAACCGAAACAUAGCCCUUCUCAUUUACAUGAAAAGCUGUUUCACCCAAUUCGUACACGGCAACUAUUGCUUUCCUCGAAGUCAAUUCACCGACGCAAGCAACCUCAUCAACGGGAUCGCCCGACAACGAACUCUUUGUUCGGUCAGCGAGUGAGAGGAGGAGGGGGCCCCUUACGAGGGGAAGAAGGGACAUGGUUAUUAUUAUUACCCGCCGCACCAAUAAUACGGGAGAAGGGAAAUCAAGCAAGACCUGUGAAUCCUAAGAAAAGAGUUCUGAGGAAUGUGAGAUGCGUAGGGAUGAGAUAAGCGUUGGCUAAGAAUAUAUAAGGGAAGCGGAAACUGCCCACAGAAUCCUGGAAAAUGGGCUUUUGACCUGGCUAGCGCUAUUGCUUUGCAAGGUAAGGAAAUGUUCAACUCGUCUGCUUGAAAUCGAUAGAGUUGAGAAGCGUCUGCUAAUCAUGGUACGAGUUCUCUCUUUAGGUCAGUCUGAUGUUCAAGUAUCAAUGAAAGUCUUAUUUCAGCGAAUGCAGUAAGGCUAACAGCUGGCUCUGGCUGAUUCGAUGCCAUCUAUGAAUCCUUCCCUCCCUCCAUCUGCAGCCUUUAUUGCCUUUAUUCUGUGUCUUUUCUCAUUCAAAAUGCAACUUUGAAAUUGCGUAGGUGAUGGCAGAAAAUCCAUCAAGAAAUUACGUAAGGUGAUAGAAAGAAUCCUUCAGUAGGCUAAUCUUGACAGUUUUCAUUUUCGAUUGAGAAAGCGGCAGGCCCAAAGAGCACUACAGUAGCGCCUUGCGAGGUCGUAGAGCCGGUAACCCUCGUUCGCCUAAGAUCGAAAAUGCUCUGUCUUUGAGGAAAAAGAGAUAUAGAUAGUGUUCCAGGAUUUCAUUGUUUUGAGUCUUUACUUAACUCGACCGCCUUUCGACUCCCAUGCUUUUCUUUGGUCAACAACCAAGCACAUUUCACAAGAGUUCUUCACAACUCCUACAGGCUUGACGGAGUUCAGAGUUCAGUCUGUCUGGAGGGAAUUAUUUUAGAUCAAUCACUAUGUUUAACAACGUUCGACGCAUCUCUUUAUUUGAUGAGAAGAGUCUUAACUCAACUUCGAGUGAUACAGCUUCUAUGUGGAAUGAUUUUCCAUCGGUCCCUUCUGACCUGCCACCCUUACCAGCCGACUCGGUUCCAUCUGUCCCCUCAUUACCUUCCAUAGCAAGUGAUGUUGAGGUGGAGCAGCCGGCUCCUUCUAAUUAUAAUUACGAGACUCAUGGUAUUGAUGAGGAUCAUCCGGGUCUUAACCCGGACAGUGAACGUAUAGUAGAGCUUCAAUCUGAUAUACACGAUAAAUUGGGAGAGUUGAUGACUAACAAGAGUGACCAAGACGUUCUGAGUGCGGCCGAAGCUUUACAUGGCGAAAGCAACAAUAUCCCUUUUCUGGAGCACCUGUUAGAUGAUUUGAACAAAAACGGAAUAGAAGGUGAAGCCUAUAAGGAUGCCCUGGAUCUAUCGAAUAGGUUGGGUAUAUUACCCGAUAAAGCAGCUUUGUGUGAUGCAGCGGAGCCAUGGCAAUUAGGAUUUCAAGACGCAGCAAGUCCUAUGAUGCAAGGAAUAAUCGAUUUACAUCACGAUAUCUUUUUCUUCCUCAUUCUGAUUUUGGUUUUCGUAUCACGGAUCUUGGUUCGCGCUUUAUGGCAUUUCCACUAUCAAAAAAACCCAAUCCCGCAAAGGAUUGUUCAUGGAACUACUAUCGAGAUUCUUCGGACCAUAUUUCCUAGUAUCAUCCCGAUGUUCAUUGCUAUACCAUCAUUUGCUCUGUUAUACUCAAUGGACGAGGUAGUAGUAGAUCCAGCCAUUACUAUCAAAGCUAUUGGACAUCAAUGGUAUCGGACUUAUGAGUAUUCAGACUAUAACAGUUCCGAUGAACAGUCACUCACUUUUGACAGUUAUACGAUUCCAGAAGAUGAUCUAGAAUUGGGUCAAUCACGUUUAUUAGAAGUGGACAAUAGAGUGGUUGUACCAGCCAAAACUCAUCUACGUAUUAUUGUAACACCUGCUGAUGUACCUCAUAGUUGGGCUGUACCUUCCUUAGGUGUCAAAUGUGAUGCUGUACCUGGUCGUUUAAAUCAGAUCUCUAUUUCGGUACAACGAGAAGGGGUUUACUAUGGUCAGUGCAGUGAGAUUUGUGGAACUAAUCAUGCCUUUACGCCUAUCGUCGUAGAAGCUGUUCCUAGUAAAGAUUAUGGUUCUCGGGUAUCCAAUCAAUUAAUCCCACAAACAACAGGGGAAGCUUAAGCGAAAAUGAAAGAGUAGGGUGAGGGAUAAGGGGGGAAGCCACUAAAUGGAAGGCUUCGCUCGCUCUAAGGCUCGUUUAGUAGACAGCGAGUGGAGUGCAUAAGCCCCUUUAGAGUUAGAGAUAGGGGCGAGUACUACACGAGCUCGUAAGUCAAGUACGGAACGAGCGGAGGAGAGCGACCUCAUCUUGCUUGCUUCUGGCGAAGCUUCUAGAAGGCCACCACUUCAUAGGAGCGAUAGCGAAGCCGUAUAAAGGCAAACAGCUCGUAUAGCUCGCAAUAGCGAGCCUACUUUUAGCUUUUUUUUUACUUUAC